AGCAGUGGAAGCCAAGAGGCAUUAUUUUAUCAUGUGGGCAUCCUGCUGCAACUGGUUCUGCUUGGAUGGACAGCCUGAGGAGGCACCACCACCACAGGGAGCCAGGACACAAGCCUAUUCCAACCCUGGGUACAGCUCCUUCCCUUCCCCCACAGGCUCGGAACCCAGCUGCAAGGCCUGUGGGGUCCAUUUCGCAAGCACAACCCGGAAGCAGACCUGCUUGGACUGUAAGAAAAACUUCUGCAUGACUUGUUCCAGCCAAGAAGGGAAUGGGCCACGCCUCUGCCUUCUCUGCCUACGGUUCCGAGCCACGGCCUUUCAGCGGGAGGAGCUCAUGAAGAUGAAGGUGAAGGACUUGAGGGACUAUCUCAGCCUCCAUGACAUCUCUACCGAAAUGUGCCGGGAGAAAGAAGAGCUAGUGUUUCUGGUGCUUGGCCAGCAGCCUGUAAUUUCUGAGGCGGACAGGACUCGUGUUCCCCCUUUGCCCCAGGCCUUCGCUGAGCAGCAGGCCUUCCUGACCCAGCCUCAAACCAGCACAGUACCUCCUACCUCACCUGGCCUCCCUUCUUCACCUGCACAAGUCACCUCUGUUCCCUUAGCCCAGGAUCAGGAAACUCAGCAGGCCAUUGGCCAUGUGUCUCAGGACCACGAGGAGCCCAUCUUCCUGGAGAGCACAGCCAGAGUACCUACUGAGGAUGAGACCCAGUCAGUUGACUCAGAGGACAGCUUUGUCCCAGGCCGGAGGGCCUCACUGUCUGACCUGACCCACCUGGAGGACAUUGAAGGCCUGACCGUGCGGCAGCUGAAGGAGAUCCUGGCUCGAAACUUCGUCAACUAUAAGGGCUGCUGUGAGAAGUGGGAGCUGAUGGAGAGGGUAACUCGGCUGUACAAGGAUCAGAAAGGACUCCAGCACCUGGUGUCUGGUAAUGAAGACCAAAACGGGGAAACAGUGCCUUCUGGCCUGGAGGAGAACCUGUGUAAGAUUUGCAUGGACUUACCCAUUGAC